CAGGAAAAAAACGCCGAUUUCUGCAGUCUUUUCCUUUAGUAUGUCACUCAGCCUGUAACACGAACUCUUUCGGCCUCCCUCAGCGAUGGCUAAUCUAUAUCUCUGCCAGAGAAGCAUAAUACUUAAAGCUGUGAUCCUAUUAGCGGCGUUGACGAUUUGCAUAAAUCUCUACGCACGUGAAUUCGUGGGAAGAAGAAGCAAACCAGCCGCAGGUGGAGAAGCAAGCUGGGUGCCUCACCUGUGUCCUCAUUACGGGCUGAGGGGACGAGGAACACGCCGACUGCAGUGGGAACCGCCUUCCAAUAACACCAUAUUUUUCACACAGACAUCUUGUGAGAUUGUCCUUUCUGCCAGAGAGGCGUGUGCUGUCGAGAGCUCCUCCGCCCACCACCCACACCGGCCGGUCCUCGUGCUCCUGACCGCCCCUGACCCUGACCAAGAUCACCCACUUCUCAAGGUGCUACAAGGUCUGGCUAAUGUGCGGCUGCGCUGGAUUUGGACCAAGUGUUUGAGGAUGCGAACCUCCGGGCGUGGCACCAGACCCGCCAGUGGAUGUUCAGUGAAGGCCGCACGUUCGCCGAGGUGGGCGACGCGACGAGGGCGGAAUUGCUGCGCCGUUUUGGGGGAACUUACGUGGACCUCGACGCCAUAACGCUGCGCCCUUUGCCCAGCCUGAACAACUGGCUAGGUCGAGUGGACGAUACGCUUCUUAUCAACACCGCAGUUGUGAGCUUCGUUCCCGGCCAUCCGAUCCUCCAGGAUGUAGUGCGCUCCAUCCCCGACUCCUUCAAACCCCACGACUGUUGCAGCAUCGGGCCCGUCCUCUUCACACGCAUCCUACACCAGAGCUGCCCCAAGAACGUCACCACCCCCUCCUCCGCCCAUCCCGACGAGGCCGAGCACUGCAACGACGUCACGAUUUUCCCCAAGUCCUACUUCUACCCCAUCCACUACGGGUACAGGAAGGACCAGCUGGAGAGCAUCUUCAGGGAGGGCGAGGGGCUGGGGCGGGCGUUCCUCUCCAGCACGCAAGCCUUCUCGCUGCACCUCUUCCACUCUGUCUCAGAGAAAGCUGUAGUGUCUCUCUCCGGUGACUCCAUCUUGAAGGAAGUGGCCCAAAGAAAUUGCCCCAAAGUCUUUCGAGUUUUACAGGACCAUAAUCUGGCAUUGUAGUGUGAUUGCAAUCGGUGUAUGAUGUUACUGUACCUGUAUAUAGCAAUGAGGGGGUGGUCUGUGUGCUUGGUAAGAGUGUGAAUUGUGGCUUAGUUCUGUUCCAUCGUGAUGUCAGGCGUUUAGUUUUGGUAUCAUUCAUAUACGGCCUCUUUAGAGUAAGGAUAACAGUGAGAGUAUAUGAAGGCAUUCGAUUUAAUUUUCUACCGUAGCAACGCGGAGUGACCGCCGUUCAGUCAGGUUCACCGGACCGCGCGAAUUCGCCGCACCCGACUUCACCGACAUCGCAGCGGCCGCCGAGCUUCGUCAUCGUCGUCGGUCAGGAUCUCGUACGCAUAAGCAGGUUCGAAUCAUCAGUACGAUGCUAUUCUGAUAUCUUUUUUUAUUACAAUUUCUUUCUACUUUGUUCAUGAAGAAAAAUAUGAUACAGGAAAACCUUUACUGACAUGGAUAACUAUCCCCUGAAUAUAGUGUCAGUUCUAACCUUUGUCUGCUGCCCGCGGUCAUCUUGCGCAGACGACCAGCUAAACCAAGCAACUCCUAUUGGAAUAUUUGUCUUCUUUCCUCUUCACUCGAUCUCGUCCAUUGCACCACGCACUUCUUCCAUGUUUGUAUAGAAUUACAAAUACAUGCCGUUGUUAUCUAUGUGCUUGUAGCUUUAAGCAAUCCAUGUCAUUGUAUUCUAUGUCCAUGGAACCAAGUUGGAUCAGUUAAGCCGUUACCUGAACCAACCAACACCGGUAGCAAUGGCAGAUAGAUACACACCGUCUCCUAUUCCCUGUUCGAUCUCUUUCCUCUAGUAACUGUGUCUUCCCUGCAUCGUGGGGAAGAGUGAGAGAUAUAAUUGUCCUCAAUAACAAUGAU